AUGCCGCCGCCUAAACUCCCGACAGUCAAGCUCGACACCACCCUUGCUGACCUCUACCGCCGUGCUUCCCCUUCCCUCUCCAACAAACGCGUCGUUCAGGUCUUGUGUGGCACAAACUCUGGUAUCGCCCUGACUUCGAAAUUCCCCCGCAACAGAAAGUAUCUGUACCAGGACAGUCCCUUCAACGCCGCCGACGAUGAGCGCGACACCUCCCCAGCCGCCCGCCGCACCCUGGCCGUCAAGUAUCUGUCCUUGAUCCCUCAGCGUGACGCGUUCAUCGCCGGCAGUGGCCCUGUGAUCAUGUUCAACUUAGACGAGACCGAGUCUCAAAAGAAGCAAGACAGAACCGAGACGGAGAGGACGAUAGCCGUGCUGGACGAGGCGCAAAGGCCUGAGCUCAUAUUUUGUCCUGGACCCGGCGAGAUACCUGUUCAAGAGCUUGGGAUUGACUUGUUUGCUUGCAAGCUAAUGCUAGAUGGACUGGAGGGCCUCCCUCUGGUGGUACCUGCCGACGUGCACUGGUUUCUCAACUCCAAGGGGGCGCUCGCGCAGUCAGGAUUGCCCACCCCCGUGUGUGAGGCGGUCGAGCUGGAGGGACACGGUGGAGAGGCGGGUUUGUGCUGUCGAGAGUGUCAACAGGCCACAGCCGGGUUCGAAGUGCCGGCGUUGUGCGUGGGGGAGAGGGCCAAGUGGGUUGAGGAGCAGAGUAGGAGAGUUUACGAUGCCGUUCGGGAUAGGAAGCUUCCGUUUGUGCUCAAGAACCAGCAGACGUUUGGAGGCGCUGGCACAUGGAUGAUCAACACGGAGGAAGAGCGGGAGAAACUUCUCGACGAGUUCAAGGGGGGAGUCUUGCGGAGGCUACUGUCGUCAGUCACGAGCUCGAACCAUCACCUCAAGCCUGGGACCAUCUUACUGUCUGACAUGGUGGCCGAGCCUGUGGGUGAUUACGGGGUUACGUUUUUUGUUACCGAGGACGAAGAGACGAACCCUAUUUUCCUAGCGACGUCUGAACAGGUGGUCGACGGCACGGCAUGGAUUGGAAGUACCAUCAGGUACGACCGGCAGGACGAGCUAAAGGCCAAGUUUUCGCCGCUGGUCCGGGUAAUCGCCCGUUGGCUGAGGCAGCACGGAUACGUGGGACCGGCAGGGGCAGACGUGUUGGAGACUGCGCCUCAUUCACACAAGUGCGACGAAUCUGACAAGGGGACCGACUUUUCCCACUUUCACAUUGUUGACCUCAACGUGCGCACGUCGGGAUCUUUAUGUUUGCCUUUGCUGAGAAGCCAUUUCGAACAGAGGGGAAUGAAUAGUGCUUCUUCCUUUUCGAUCAGCACCAAGAAGACGAGAGAUGAGUUUAUGGAUCUGUUUAGGGAGGAUUUGGAGGCUGGCAACAUGUUGAUAGUCAGUUGGUUUGAGGAUCGGGACGCCAACGGCAAGGUUUCCAGCGUUGGUGAUGUUGCAGUUGGAGCCAAGGACGGGCGAGAAUUGAACGAGGCGAUUCAAAAGGUUAGGGAUGCGACGGAUGAGGUAACAUUUUAA